UGUUGCAGGGCAUCUUCUCUUGUUUGGGACGCGCUUAACCUGGAUUUAUCUCCCGGUGGUUUGAUACAGCUCGCAUAGGCUUCUGAACGACCAUUUUAUCAUGCAAGUCUUUACUUGAUCGGACCAUAUUCUUUUCCUCUUUGUUAAUUUUUGUGGAACUUUUUGUGUUGUUGUUUUUUUGGUGAAAGAGAUUUUUUGUUCAUGCCAAGCACGACUUCAGCAACGAUGAACAGGAACGGAAUCGUGACAAAAAUCCACUCGAGGAUAAGAGCUGACCCGUUCGCAGCCAAUUACGAGUUGGUCGGUAAAGAGCUGGGCAGGGGAAAGUUUGCGGUGGUGAAGAAGUGCAUUGAGAAGGCAACAGGGAAGCAGUAUGCUGCCAAGUUCCUGAGAAAGCGACGGAAGGGCGAGGACUGCCGCAUGGACAUCUUGAACGAGAUCGCUGUGCUGGAGUCAGCAAAGGCAAACCCCUAUGUUGUGGCACUGCACGAGGUUUAUGAGACCAGCGCCGAAAUCAUCCUCGUUCUGGAAUGCGCCGACGGUGGUGAAAUCUUCAACCAAUGUGUUGCCGACAAUGACGAAGCCUUCACAGAGAAAGAUGUGGUCCGACUGGCCAAGCAGAUCCUGACUGGAGUGGCCUUCCUGCAUCGAAACAAUGUGGUGCAUCUGGAUUUGAAACCCCAGAACGUCUUGCUGACCAGUGCCACACCUCUGGGGGACAUUCGCAUUGUGGACUUUGGCUUGUCCAGACGCAUGGACAGUAUCACAGAAAUCAGAGAGAUCCUCGGUACCCCAGAGUAUGUUGCACCAGAGAUCCUGAACUACGAACCCAUCAGCACUGCAACAGAUAUGUGGAGUAUUGGGGUCCUGACCUACGUCAUGUUGACUGGUGAAUCUCCCUUUCUGGGUGACAACAAGCAGGAGACAUUCCUCAACAUCUCCCAAGUCAACAUCGACUACUCGCAAGACACGUUUGAGGGGAUCUCCUCCCUGGCCAUUGACUUCAUCAAGUCCUUGUUGGUUAAAAACCCCAGGAAGAGAGCCACAGCAGAAGAAUGCCUCAGCCAUGCCUGGCUGAACCCACUACCCCAUCCCCUUUCCCAUCCGCACCUCAACACAGCGUCAUCUUUGGAUGAGCCAGAGAUGAGCCAGUCGGAGUCAGAGCCUGAGAGCCCGGCUCCCUCCCCUGAGCUGGGCUUGAUCGGGUACCUCAUAUGCCCGGGCCAGGGUGAACUGAAAACAGGCCGUAAUGCCUUCACCUUCAGUGAAUCCCCCUUCCCCACGCGACCUGAGAUACAACAGGAGCUGAUCUGCUGAACCACGUUUGACAGGUGGAGAGAGCCUGAAGAAACCUUAACUCCACGAAGCAGACGCUGAAAGCCAGUGAGCCUGCAGCUUCUCGGUCUUGAUCUGACUCAGGGCCAUGCUAUAUGGAUGCUGUACGCCUGCUGCUGGCUGCUUCUACUGCUGUGAUGUCUGUGAGCUGGGGUGUGUGUAGUUUCACACCUGUGUGUACGUGUUUGUGUGCGUGUUGGAAAAAUGCAUGCUACUCCGUGCUGAUUUCAUAUGAUGACAGGAGGAAUGAAGAUGCAGGAGAAAGACGUGGGAGAAGACACAGCACUCAACUGCAAGUGUUUUGUCGCAAGACUGCACUGCUGCCUUAAAAGUGACUGACAUGAACUGGACUCGGCUUCACGCUGUGGCUAGUUCACUCCUGCACGCACACUGGUUUCUCUUUUUACCCAAUUAGCCUUUUGAACUGGGUUUCAGAGGAGACGCAGUCUCUCACUUCCUUGGGAAAUGACUUCACUCACUGUGUGCUCUCAUCAAAACAAGUUAUGCUUCAGCUGACCCAGACAUACCUUAUGAGAUGAGUUUUCUUGAAGGAAGUAAAGGGUUUUGACAGAUGGUUGUAUUAAACAAAGGAAUUAGAAAAAAGACAAGCACCUACGCCGAAGCCAGACAUUAACUGUUCCACUGUUUUAUAUGUGUAUGUGUUUGCGUUAUACCACUUCAGCCCCUUAAAUACACAAAGCCACACAAUGCCUGAGUUUAAGAUGGAAAUAGUAGCAUUCUUUAUUUUUAAAUGACAAUCUUGAGCACUUUUUAUUUUGUUAUUGGACUUUCAUGUAAUGGUAAGAAACCAAAGGCUCAUCAAGCACACUCACCUGUCACAUAUUGUGCAGUGCUUAUUAACAGUUUCCACUUAUAGUUGUCACAUCUUUUUUUUUUUUUUUCACAAAGUGCCACUUCGUCAACCUCACUUCACUUCUGUGUUAAUGUUGCAGUCAAACUUUUAUUUUUACUGUUAAUUUGUUGGCUAUUGCACAAGUUGCACACUUCUUUUUUUUGGGUUGUGCUUAACUGCGAAGUUGCCACCAGAUUUCAUGCUCUUCAAAUAUUGUGAGAACAGUCUUGGAAAGAGAGAAUGGCAGGGGGGAAAAGCAACAGUCUGGCUUUGUUAUUAGUGCAACAGAUGAUGAUCAAUGACCUGGUUAACUGAAGGGCCCAGAGUUGUAUAGAUAUGUGAUAUUUGCCUUCAGAUGCUCGGGAGAAUUUCUCAAAAGUACUGAAAUGUGUAUUGUGAGUUAGUAUUAAGAUUAUGAGAUUGUCAAAAUAAUUGAUGUUUUUUUGAGGGGGGUUUGUUUUUUUGUUUUUUUUACCAAUGUAUGAAUGUUAACAUUGUAUCAUUAUUUUGUACAUUAACUUCUACUUAUUCCUUUUUUUUUCUGCUCAUGAAUUUCAGGCAGGUUUGCACUUGUCCUUGAGGACGUUAUGUUAAAAUGAAUAAAUGUUGAUGGCAUGCAUUGCAAAAUGUAAGAGAAGAAAAAAAUACAUGUACGUUUUCUAUCAAACUUU